AUGGUCCAUAUCCAGACACAUUAUAUACAGACAAACUCAAGCUCAAUCAUCAAAAUGCCUUCAAGCACAAGAAUUAUGGCACCUCAGAUCAAGAAGACAGGAAGGAAAAUCAAAGCCGGAAAUACUCCUGCUGAAAAACUUCCAAUUUAUGAGCCGAACAUCCCGGAGCCGACGUCCCGAGAGGAGCUGCUCAAAUACUGGCUCAACAUUUCAUUGGAUGAAAGAACUGCCAAUAAGGUGCUGUGGUUGACCGAGGGCGGGGCUAAAGUGUCCCGCAUGACAGAUGAAGUGUGUCCUUACCUGGACAGGCCAGAGAGAUUUGACCACAGUCCUCAGGUGCUGUGUAAGGAGUCUAUCUGGGCGUCGCGCUGUUAUUGGGAGGUGCUGUACUCUGGCUGGGUGGUUAUAGGAGCAGCAUAUGAAGGUGCUGGGAGGAAGGCAGGGGACGGUCCCUGUGGCCUCGGGGAGAACGAGGAGUCAUGGGGUCUGGGUUGGGCUGGAUCCUGCUAUGAAGCCUGGCAUAAAGGAUCCAGCAGCAGGGUGUCAGACGUGCCUCAGUGCUGCACUAUAGGGGUGUAUGUGGAUCAGCCCGCGGGUCUGCUCUGCUUCUACACCGUGGAGACAGACGGAGAUUCAAAGAAAAAAGAAGUCAAACUUCUUCACAGGUUUAAAAAUCCUAUAAAGGAGACAGUUCUGCCAGGUUUCUGGGUGGGAAGACAGUCCUCUUGCUUAAUACUCAAGAAAGAGGAAUGAGGAAGAGAGGGAGACAAGUAAUACUGUGGCUUGUAUUUUAUUUUACACUGUAAAACCUCAUCACUUUAUAUUUGAAAGGACUGUUUCUGUUUGAAAUUAAGAUACUGUUUGAAAUCUGUUUUUCAUUAUAUAGUCUGCUAAUGCCUUUUUUUUUUAAGUGGUAAAUUUUCAGGUACACAAAUUUGAUUUAAAAAUACGUAUCAUGGAUAUCAUCAUUCUAGAAUUCAUUUCUGAAUUAAUUCUGAAUCAUUUUGCACCUUUCUUUGCAUCGAACCCAGUCAUGCUGCUGACCUGUCCAGUUUUUUUUUUUUUUUUGGGUUUCUAUUGCUCUUGUCUGCUCCUGAAAUCGCUUCAUUCGCUUCCUGUGCACUCUUUAUGAUGCCAGCUUCUGUGACUCUGAGAUAUAAAAAUAUAGAAAUAAAUAAAAAAUAAAAUAACAGA